UCUGGGCCUGAGACCAGUUUAGAAGCCGAUGCACCUCCCGUCCUUUGCAUGGCACCCAAGAAAGAGAAAGGCGGGACUCUGAACGCCAGUUCGAAGAUAUGGGAACCCUCGCUCAUCGCUGCACACUUCAAUCAGAAUGAUUGGAAGGGCUCCAUCGCUUUUGUAGUUGGAAACCGGAUUGAGGACGAUCUUUUCAUUCGAGCCCUGACUCUUGCUGUCCAGGUCCCUCAGCGCAAAUACUUCAGUAUCGUAUCGUGGCAAGACAUUCUUCAGGAGAUCAAUGAGUCCAAUGCCCUUCUUGGAACCACAUCUAAAAAAGCAAAGAAAACUGUAGGCAGCAGUGUCCCCUUGUAUUAUGAGGUGUUAAUGGCAGCAAAGGCAAUUAUGGACAGUGGAGAGAAAUUAACCCUACCGCUGAUAGGGAAACUGUUGAAAUUUGAGCUUCUCCAGAUUAAAUUUAAGGACCAGCAGCGACGGGAAAAUGAAAAGAAGGUAAUAGAAGAUAGAUUCAAGAUAGAAAAGGAUAAAGGGAAAGCAAAAUCUCCCAAGGAGAAGAAGGCCUCAGCUGCCAAGGUUGCCAAAGGGAAGGGAAAGGAUCCACCUGAGGCAAACACAGCAGUGAAGAAGACGACGCAGCUACAGCGGAGGGGGGAAGACAAUGACACUAAACUGUACAUUGACGAUGAGCCAGAUGAUGGUGCCCAACAUUACAUUAUAGUUGUGGGCUUCAACAAUCCUCAGCUAUUAGCGAUCAUGACUGAGCUUGGCAUUCCCAUAAGCAGCGUGAUUAAAAUAUCUUCAGAGAAUUAUGAGCCUCUGCAGACACACCUGGCAGCAGUUAGCCAGCAGCAGGAAGUUCUUCUUCAGCCACAAGACAUAGAGGCUGAAAAACUGAAGAAAGUGAAUGCCAUAAAAGAACUUGAAAUUUUCUGGAAGUACCUGGAACCAAUCCUGAAUAAUGAGAAACCUGAAACAAAUCUCUUUGACGUUGCUCGACUGGAAUACAUGGUCAAGACAGAAAACUUUCCUUCUGACUGGGCAGACAGCAAGAUGAUGCUGGAAUUGGGUACUGAAAUUUUUGAAAAUGUUGCCUGUUUGAUGUAUGACACCCUGGAUUGGAAGAGGCAGCACCAACACUACUUGGAAAGCAUGCAGCUUAUUAAUAUUCCACAAGUGGUUAGUGAGAAGCCUAUCUUGGAAGCCACGUCAGUUACUGAGGCUCCACAACCUGCUGCUUCAACCCCUGGCAAGAAGAAACCACAGUACGAGGAACCUCAAGCCCCACCAUCAGUAGCUUUCGUCUUCACAACUGAAGUAGACAUGAGAUAUUACAAUGACUUGCUGAAUUCUGUUCCAGAAGAAUUAAUCUCUGUGCCCCUGAUACUGCACUGUAUGCUGGAACAGGUCGUGGCAACUGAAGAAGACCUUGCCCCGCCCAGUCUGGUGCAGCCGCCGACCAGAGCAGAUGGGUUGGACCAUAGAAUCGCAGCUCAUAUUGUGUCCAUCCUGCCCUCCCUCUGUCUCACGGAGAGGGAGAGAAAGAAUCUCCAUGAAAUAUUCUUAUCUGAAGAAGAAAAUGAAAGCAGAGCAGUGCCCAAAGGCCCUCUCCUCUUGAACUACCAUGAUGCACAUGCCCACAAGAAGUACGUACUGAAGGACCAAAGGAAUUUUGACCCAGUUCAAAUUGAGCAGGAGAUGCAGUCCAAGUUGCCACUGUGGGAAUUCCUUAAAUUCCCUCUGCCUCCGCCGUGGAACAGCACGAAACGUCUAGCUACAAUUCAUGAGCUCAUGCACUUCUGUACAAAUGAUAUCUUGAGCUGGAAUGAAGUAGAACGGGCCUUCAAAGUGUUUACUUUCGAGAGCCUGAAACUCUCUGAGGUUAAUAAAGAAGGAAUUCUGAUGCCUUCUGAGAUGAUGUAUGGAACAGAUUCUGCGAAGUUCAACAUACCCUGGGACAACCCGGCCAGAUUUGCUAAACAGCUAAGGCAGCAAUACAUCAUGAAAAUGAACACUCAACAGGCCAAACCCCAAACAGAUACUGAAGCCAAAGACAGAAUUUUAUUUGUGGCUCAGAACUGGCCAAUGUUGGUGCAAGUGGAUGAGGUCGGUGGAGAACCUUCAGAUCCUAGUCAGUCUGCGUCUAACAAAGUGAAGCAGUCUGACCCAAACAGUAGGGAACCUGAUAAUAUAGAGCUGUCAGGGCGGGAGAGCAGCUUGAAGACUCAGCGCCAGUCUGGGCCUUCAGAACAGACCACGAACAAUGAGAUCAAAGAUGAAGCAGUCACAAAGGCUGAUCCUCUUGAAAAGAAACCCAAGAAGAUGACUGUGGAAGCAGAGUUAGAGGACAUAAGGAAAACGCAACAACGCAGUCUAAUGGACUGGAGUUUCACUGAACAUUUUAAACCGAAAGUUCUGCUUCAGGUUCUUCAAGAAGCCAGCCAGCAAUACAGGUGGAUUGAUUCUUAUUAUCAUACCCAAGACAACUCUCUACUUUUAGUCUUUCAUAAUCCAAUGAAUAUACAACGUCUGCAUUGUGAAUAUUGGAAUAUUGCCCUUCACUCCAAUGUUGGAUUCAGGAAUUAUUUAGAACUCGUUGCAAAAUCCAUUCAAGAUUGGAUCGUAAAAGAAGAAGCCAUAUAUCAAGAAUCUAAAAUGGCUGAGGAAAUCAAUAGAACGAAGGCUGAGCUGGAAUUGAAAUAUUCUGUUCCUGCCAAAAUACAUUCUAACAAAAUGUAUUCUGUUAAAAAAUCUAAAAGUAACAAAGGAAUGAGCAAAGGAGAGAUAGCGGAUCAAGAAAAAGAAAAAGAAAAAGAAAAAGAGAAGGAAAAGAUUCCUUUCAUUUUAGAAGGCUCUCUCAAGGCAUGGAAAGAAGAACAAGAUCGAUUAGCAGAAGAGGAACGCUUAAAGGAAAAAAAAAAAGCAGAAAAGAAGAGUAAGGAAGUUGGCAAAAGGAAAGGCAAGGAAAGGGUAGAGAAAGAAGAUAGUAAGACUUUGAAGAAAAAAUCGCUUCCAAAGGAGAAACCUAAAGAAGAGCAAAUAAACAUCCCAGAAGUAACAGAGGAGCCCCCCAAGCACCCAGAACCUGAGAUUGUUUAUCCGUUUCAUGGAUAUAAUAUGGGAGAUAUACCCAUCCAAAUCUCAGGAACAAAUUCUUAUCUGUAUCCUUCGGAUGGAGGGCGGAUUGAAGUAGAGAAGACCAAAUUUGAAAAAGGGCCAACUUUUAUCAAAGCAACCGUGAAAAAGGACAAGCACACUUUUAUAAUUCAUUUAAAAGACCCUAAGAAAAUUGUGAGAAAGGAAAAAAAGGAAGAGAAGUCUUCAGAAGAUGAGAGAAAAGGAAGAGAGGAAGAGCAAAAUCUUCAAACGGAAAAAUCAAAUACAGAGAAUAAAGCUGUCAGCAAGUUUGGGUCUUUCUCUGCCACCUUAGAAAAUGGCAUCUGCCUCUCAAUCAGUUACUACGGGCCAAGUGGAAUAGCACCAG